AUGACUGAAUGUUCAGCGCUGCUGAUUCUUGUAUGCCUCUUUUUGUGGUCAGGCUAUUGUCAUGAGCAAUGUACUGUCAGUUCAACUGUGCUUGUGGAUGAUGAAGUUGAGUUUUUGAUCACCUGCAAGCAGUGUUACCAUACCAAAGCUCGCCCUCAAACUGAAAACCGUAAUGACUCUCCUACUGGUCCUUUGCUACUGGGAGGACAGGAAUUUCGCAAUGCAGUGACAGUCACCAAAGGAAGGCAAGUAGGUAAUAGUCGGUUGGUAGCAUCUGAUGGAACUUUGGAACUUUCCUCAGAAAUGAAAUCUACUAAUGAUUCUAGCUCAACAAGAAGAAGCAGAAAUAAGUUACGUUCUUGGGGCCUGAUAUGGAAGAAGAAAAACGGUGACGCCACUGCCACUGACUUCAUAUCGACAAACAUUCUUUUGAAGGGCGAUCCUGACGUGGAGUGGUCAAGACCUGUUUGCCACCUUUGCAAGCAACCAUAUAAUUCUGAUCUGAUGUACAUUCGCUGUGGAACAUGCAAUAGUAAGCCUGUAGACAUGAUAAGUGCCACCUCGGUUCUUUCUGUUACUUGUCAAUUUGUUUUCAACAUCAUUAAUGCAUUGGGUUUGUUGGCAUUUGCAGAUUGGUAUCAUGCUGAAGCCGUUGAACUUGAAGAGUCAAAAAUCUUUGAUGUGGUGGGUUUCAAAUGUUGCAGGUGUCGUAGGAUAAAAUCACCCGGGUGCCCUUACUUACCUCUUGAUAGUGAAAAGUCACUAGAGGGCAAGAAGCCACGCACCAGGGUUCCAAAGCAAGGAGUUUCAGAAGUGGAUGUUGAUUCUGCAGUUAUUUCUGAACAAUUUAAACAAAAGGAACUUAAUUCUACUGAGUUAGCAAUGACAGAGGAAGUCACAUAUGUACCAGAUGAUGAUCCGCUUCUUUCUCUUCCAAUUGUUGAGCACAAUUCAGAAGUGGAUAUUAGUGCUGAUACCUUAGGCAGUGGGCCUCAGAAACUACCCAUCAGAAGGCAUGUCAAGCGAAAAAAGGAUUUAGACUCUUCAUUAGAUAAUAAUGAAUCUCAAGCUGAAAUAUCCACUAAACGAAACCUCUUGAACCCUGCAGAAGAAGCUUUAUCUCCUCGUGUGAAAUGGGAUGUUUCUACGGACGGCUUUGAAGACAAUAUGAUGUUUGACUAUGAUUGUCUCGACCAUGAGGAUAGGGAGUUUGAACCACAGACUUAUUUUUCUUAUACAGAGUUGCUGGCAUCCGACGAUGGUGGUCAGUCAAAUGGAGUUGAUCCGUCUGGGGAUGUAACAGUGGAUUGGAAGAAUAUAUCUACAGUUUCAAGGGAUGGAAUGCUCAUUGAUAUCUAUGGUCGGCAAGAACCUAAAAUCUCCCUACUAUCUGCUGUUGAUAUGGUGCCCUGCAUUGUUCGCCAUGGGAUGAGCAGUCAUCCUGGGAGGGUGGAUGGAGAUGUGGUAGCUGCCGGGACUGGCAGUGAACUCUUUUCUGUGAGGUCUGAACUGGACCUAUUUUUUGAUGAUGGUAGAGGUUUUCGGGUUCAGAUUGUGCACCAUUGA